AUGCUGCGACUUGUGCGCAGGUGCCCCCAGCCGCUGCGGGGGCUCUCCAGGGGCUUCGGGGCCGCCCCGUUCCAGGCCCCGAAGAACGCGGCUGAGGAGCGGAAGAAGCAGAUCGUGUACUACGACCGCAUCAACCGCAAACAGCUCGUGGUCUCCCAGGAGGGAGUUGACCGCACCACACGCUUCCUGAUGGACCGAGGAUUCACCCAGUUGCAGGCACUGAAAGCGAUCUCGCUGCACGUCGGGAUCCAGUGGCUCCGUGACUUGGGUCUCAGUCACGACAAGAUCAACGUCGUCAUUAAGCGCCACCCCAACAUCCUCGGAAUCGCUAUUGACAAGUACGAAGCCUUAGCCGACUGGUACAUUUCGAAAGGAGUGUCGAAAAACAAGCUUCCGUAUGUGUUCAACGUGUUCCCACAAGCAGUAUCGUACGGCAUCGACACAAACCUAGAGCCAAAAGUGGAUUUCCUGAAGGAGAUUGGAUGCAGCGAUAAGCAGAUCACGAGCGUCCUGAUGAUGGCUCCGCAGAUUUUCUCCAACAGCGUGGAGGGAUUGCGAGCCAAGACGAACUAUUUGAUGGAGUUGGGGAUAAGCCGCGAGUUGUUGCCGUGCAUUGUUGCCAGAGUGCCUCAGUGUCUGGGGAUGAAAUCGACGCGGGUCAAGGAGUCAGUGGACGCGCUGGACGAAAUGUUUGGGGCUGGGGCCGGCAUUCGAGCUCUGACUUGGAAUUGUAUUAUCGUUAUGUACAACAUCGACAGCAUGCGUGCAUCACUGGACUACCUCAUCUCGCUCGGCUUCACGAGGGAGCGUAUCGAGAAGAACACGAGUUCGAGUAUUGUGCUGAAAGACAAGCUCACGCUGGAACACGUCGCCGUGGAUAUCAGCACCGACCGCGUUCAGUAUCAUCUUCAUCUGGAGCUACAGCACCCGAUCCCAGAGCCGUACCUCGCUAAUGCUGAGUACUUGACACUGACGUGGCCUGUGGGCGGCAUCUGGAAGAUCAUGCGCCUCAGUGACAACAACCGCAAGGUGCACUGCAUGUCGUGGCGCAAGACGCAGAUGACCCACACGGAGGUGGAGGAACUGGCCAAGAAAGUCGAGGCUGCUGGAAUGUCUGGAGACCUGGCCAAGAGCCACAGCUCUACCUUGGCGGCUGCCGAGUCGUCCGACUUGCCGUUGACUCGUUUCGACUGGAAGAUGCAGCUUGGCAGGUGGGGGCACAAGCAGCACUGGUUCCUCCGCGAUAUCAUGCCACCGCACGACCGAGACAGCGUUGGAAGCAGCCACCAUGGACCAUUGACGGCGCACUUGAUGGCUGGGUUCUCACCGCUUGAAGUGGAGAUCGAAGUGAACGCUAUUACGUCCGUGGACACGGUGGCCCAGACGUUCACGGCGGAUGUAACGUGGGAGGUGACCAUGCCUGCAAUCACAACAAUCCGCGAAGACUCGGUACUGCGCGAGUUGAUGGACAUCCUCGAGUUCGACGAGAACGAGUUUGAGUUCAAGAACGCCAGCUCGAUGCAAGAGGAGCGCGACAUGACCUCAGAGCUCUCACCAGCAGGGACAGUUCAUUUCACGGACUCGACGAGUCUCGCGAUGCCACUGAAGUCUACGUCGGAGUUCCUUAGUCAUCUCAUGUUCAGCCGUCGUAUUGUUGCCGUCUUCAGCGAGGAAAUGACCCUGCGUAAAUUCCCCGUGGAUCAGCAGAAGCUGACGUUCGUGUUUUCGACUGGGUAUGGUGUCCGUCAGUCGCUGCGUAUCACUCCUGUCGCUAGGGAUGCCGGUACAUUCGCCAUCGCCAACUACCGACUGGGCAACGUGUUUGAUGUGGUGUACCACGACAAGGUUUUCGUGGGGAAGAUCGACGCUGAAGGUGAGAAGAAGGAGACCCGCUUCGAAAUGGUGCUCGAGCGUCGGCCUGAAUACUGCGUGACGAAUGUGGCGAUCCCGGCGGCUAUCAUCACGUACUUGUGCUUCAUAUCGUACGCGCCGCUGUCCGACGGAUCGCUCAUGGACACCGGCGACCGUCUUCAAAUCGUGUUGACACUGCUGUUGACUGCUGUGACCUUCAAAAGCGAAGUUGCGUCGUUGACGCCGCAGAUUUCUUACUUCACCACGCUGGACAAGUACGUCUUCUUCUGCUUCAUCAUCGCGUGCUUGGUCGCGAUCGAGAAUGCUCUAUUCCCUCUCUUUGUAGGCCUCUUUCCAUCGCGCGAGAAAUGGCAGGAGCACAGUUGGCUGGGCUUUUCGAUCGGCUUCUUCACGCUCGUAAAUAUGGUGUGGGCAGUGUACAUCAUCGGACACGUGAAAAAUCGCAGACGUGUAUCCGAGGCACUAAUCAAAGUGCACGAGGCUAUCCGAGUACUGUCCGCCUCAAUUCCACCGCAACACCGCAAUGAAAUAUGCUGCACCGAGUUCGGAUACCUGUUUGUCCAGUUGCCGAAUGAUGGCCCAACACCUACCGAGAAAUUUGACGCCAAGGCAGCGCUCCAUGCAGCUAGCCGUCAAAGGGCCGAGCGCGAGUUCGAUACUUUCAAGGAGAUCUACCAGAAGCUGAACCCGGAGGUAUCUUUGCUGUAUUCUUCAAGCUCGGACAGCGAGAAACCACUGCGUGCAGCAAAACCCAACGAGGCUGGAGGCGGCGGUCGUGACAGAAGGCGCUCGGUUGCCACCCCGAGUAGUCCUGUGAGAGCUGCUUCGAAGAUGAUGAGCAACCGUCGCUGGUGA